GAGUAACCCUGCGAUCCCUUAACAUUCCAACAGUCAACUUUCCGCUGCAACUUGGAUCAAUUUCGUUCACCACCACAAAGCCUGAAGCCCAGCCCUAUCCAUCCCCAGCCUCCUAGGUUUGCUCGGUCGCCCUACGGGUUUCUUUUUGGAACGGCUAGAAGGGGCCUGACGUCUGUCCUGUCGCCCUUCUCCAAGUUCUGCUCCCCCAUCCAUUUCACUACAGAACAACCAUGAAGCAGCGCUCGACUUUCAUCGUCUCGGAAUCCCACGGAACUCUCCCGGAAAACUUCUCCCUCAACGAAGACUCCUUUAUAAUAAAAGCCCUACCUCCGUCUGCCGUGCGUGAGGACCGGGUUACAUUUGGCGUACAUGAGCUGCCAGCCGAGAUCCGGGAUGUUUUGAGCUCAUGCAGGGAGGCUCAUUUGAAAUUUACAAGCGGAGACGUUUACGAAUCCAUGGAUCCGUACAGCUCAAGGACUCCUGCUGGUUUACAUAUGCUUUUGUCACCCGAGCAGGGAGCUUCUCCGUAUGCCAAUAUGUCCUCUGGAUUACGUGUUUAUGUACUGACAAGGCCAAAUGAGCAGAGACUCCAUUUGCCAGCUUCUCGAGAAGGUCUUUGGUGUAAAUGGUUGUCGGGAUUUCAGGUCCUCCUUUAUCGAGAUACCUGGAAGCUUUCAGUUCUACUCCCCAUUACGCUCAGCCUCUACGUUCGUCGGGUACUUGCAGAACCAUCUCUCCGAGGAAGAUACUGUACGACGCUCUGAGGUGCAAUCAUUGGAAAGUGCUGAAUAUAUCGACGUGACGUACGACGCUAUUUCCCAAACGCUUGUAUUGUCGAGCGUGCACGCCCCAAAGCACCCCAAAUGGGACGGAUCGUCGAUAGUUAGUGCGAAAACCUCUGGUGUUGAGGUCGGGGUCUUGGGCAACAUAAUUCCAAUGGAAGAGGAAGGUCUUACAUUGGCCGGCUUCAUAGCUGAGCUUGGCGAGAGCAAUGGCCUUGGUGAUAUCCCAUUAAGGUGAUAUUACGUGCAUUUCCCUAACUGCUUCCUAGAACCAACAAUGUUUUCGUUUGCCUCUCGCCAUCAUCGCUCAGAGUCGACCUUUGGGCUCGCCACGGCAUUUCCGACGGGCCUACACCCUAAGCUCAAGCUCUCUAUUCAUGGCCCAGUGAAACCGCCGCGGAGCGACGGCAAUGGGUGCACGCUCAACGCGUACUUCACCCUUCCUGUAGCGUUGUUCAUCGAUAAAUACCAGCUCUCAUCGGAUAAUCAACAGCUCCUCGACUCACUAGGCAUAAAGCAAAUCAGAGCAAUUUCUGGGGAAACAGAUCUUGAAGCGCCAGUUUGGACACGGGAGAAAUGGGGGAGCCGGGUCUUGGUUGAAGUAGAUGCUAAGGGAGGAGAGAACGGGAUAGAGCUAGAGUUGCCAUUACAUUUACGAUACCUGGAGCCUCGCUACGGUGGCACAACCAAGAAGGUCGAUUUCGCUUGGCCGAGUGUGUUCUGGGCUUGUGGAAGUGAGCAGUGGAAAAAGAUGGCGGUUAACCCGUUUGACAGGUUGCAUCUAGGGUGGGAGGACCUGUUCCCUGAGCAGGUCAUGUAUUACCAUCUCUCCCCGAUGCCGCACGAGAGGAGUGAGGGUGCCUGGAGCAGCAUUGACGUGCCUGUGUUGGGAUUGGAAAAUGCAGGGAUGAUAAAGAUUGGCACCGUCACUAUUGUUGGGCUUGGAUUUUUAUGGGUAUUAUUCAAGAUAUUUUUGGCGGAAUUCGGGAGCGUUCGGGGGAAGAAAGAACUCAAAAAGGAGUAAUCGGUGAGGAAAGGGGGCCAGAAUUAUCUGGAGAGAGCUUGUAAUUAAGAAUCCCUAUAUAAUGUAUCACGUAUGGCACUUGUACAAGUAAUAUAGACAUUUACCUGAAUCUACAUUGAAAGUGCUUGUAGUGGA